AAAACGAGAAUUCAGACACCGCCAUCUUGUAACUCAUUGUUUACACCGGUGCCUGCGGUGACCUGUUUAGAAUUCCAUUUUCCAAUCCGAAGACAUCGACCGUGUUUGGGUUGUUUUCAUCAUCUUUCCAUUAUGAAUGCACUUCCAGGGCAAAUAGCCUUCGAUGAAUAUGGGAGGCCAUUUGUUAUUCUUCGAGAUCAAGAAAGGAAAUCUCGAUUGACGGGGAUUAAUGCCCACAAGUCUCACAUUCUGGCUGCCAAAUCGGUGGCCAAUGUGAUCAAGACGUCCCUGGGGCCCAAGGGCCUGGACAAGAUGAUGAUCGGCCCCGACGGAGAUGUGACUGUCACCAACGAUGGUGCCACCAUUCUUGAUCUGAUGGACGUCGACCACCAGGUGGCCAGGCUAAUGGUUCAGUUGUCCAAGUCACAAGACGAUGAGAUCGGGGAUGGAACCACUGGUGUUGUGGUAAUGGCUGGAGCUUUGCUGGAACAGGCAGAGAAGCUGCUGGACAGAGGCAUCCACCCUAUACGUAUCUCCGAUGGCUACGAGAUGGCCGCCAAGGUUGCGGUGGCACAGCUGGACAAGAUCAGCGAGACUUUCGCGGUGGACCUCAAGGAUCCAGAGCCCCUCAUCAAGCUGGCCAUGACCACCCUGGGCUCCAAAAUCGUUAACCGAUGCCAUCGGCAGAUGGCGGAGAUUGCCGUGAAUGCCAUCCUGUCUGUGGCAGACUUUGAGCGCAAGGACGUGGACUUUGAGCUGAUCAAGGUGGAGGGCAAAGUGGGCGGCAAGCUGGAGGACACCAUGCUGGUGAAGGGCGUCAUCGUCGACAAGGACAUGAGUCACCCACAGAUGCCCAAGAGCGUGAAAGACGCCCGCAUCGCCAUCCUGACCUGCCCAUUUGAGCCCCCCAAACCCAAGACCAAGCACAAGCUGGACGUGACCAGUGUAGAAGACUAUCACAAGCUGAGAGACUACGAGAGAGAGAAGUUCGAGUCCAUGGUGCAGACAGUGAAAGACAAGGGAGCCAACCUGGUCAUUUGCCAGUGGGGUUUUGACGACGAGGCCAACCACCUCCUGCUGCAGAGAGAGCUGCCUGCGGUCAGAUGGGUGGGCGGACCCGAAAUUGAGCUGAUUGCCAUCGCCACCGGUGGGCGCAUUGUGCCCCGGUUUGAGGAGCUGACGGAGGAGAAGCUGGGCAAGGCCGGUAUCGUGCGGGAGCUCAACUUUGGCACAACGAGGGAGCGCAUGCUGGUCAUAGAGGAGUGCCACAACUCCAGGGCUGUCACCAUCUUCAUCCGUGGUGGUAACAAAAUGAUUGUGGAUGAGGCAAAACGCAGUAUUCACGACGCCCUGUGUGUGAUUCGUAACAUCGUCCGAGACAACAGAAUUGUCUAUGGCGGGGGUGCCCCUGAGAUCUCCGCCUCCCUAGCUGUGCAGGAAGCUGCUGAUAAGAUCUCCACGCUAGAACAGUACGCCGUCCGCUCGUUCGCCCAGGCACUGGAGAGUGUGCCCCUGGCGCUGGCGGAGAACAGCGGCCUGUCACCCAUCCACACCCUGGCCGAGGUCAAGUCGAGGCAGGUGAAGGAGAGCAACCCCUUCCUUGGAAUCGACUGCCUCAACAAAGGAACAAACGACAUGAAGCAGCAGCAUGUGAUUGAGACGCUGACAGCCAAGAAGCAACAGAUCCUGUUAGCCUCCCAGCUGGUGCGCAUGAUUCUCAAGAUUGACGACAUACGAGCCCCGGCGGAUAUGAGCAUGUAGUUGUUUCUUCAUAAUCAAUACUGUACAUGUGUGUGUGCGCGUUUGCUUGAUUGUUUGUCCUCGCUGCUGUCCAGUGUUUAUAUCAAUCAUUGUUCCUGAAGCUUUUACAUGGCAUUGUGUUGUUGGAGCAGUCAAUCAGAGUGAGAAAUGCGUUCAGAGAGGGUGACUUGUCAGUAUGGUCAUGUUUAGUUGUAUAAGUUUUUUAAGAUUUUUUUUUUCCCUCCUGUUCUCACCAUCAUUUGCUCACCGUUCAUUGAAUACGAGAGCCCAUUGUAUUUUUUUCUGUUUGUGUUUUUCGUUGGUUGUAAGAUUAUGAACAAAUAACCAGCAUUUCUGGACUUUUCAACGGGUGUAUCAGGAAGGACUGGUAGGUGUAGUGCGGCUUUUUGUUUCCCCUAUAUACAGAUCUGUCAAGUCCUCUGAUAAAACCAGGGGCUGGGAGGGAGUUGCCGACUGAAUCCUUAAUUGAGGAUUCUGAAAAAAACUGCCUCUAUUUUUAGUUGUCGAGUGCAUGGCAGAUGUGCAUAGUUUUGGGACAUGAUGUUUCGAUUGCUUGGUUUUUAUGUUGCAUGUACUGACUGCUUGUACAAAACAAAAAAAUAUGGUUUCAAUGCAAAAUGCAAGUUGUGUGAUAGUUUUUUUUUAACCAUUGCGUAUUUCUUAAAAUAAACAUUUUGAAACGUCUA